AUGGGCACCAAAUCUCUCAGUGUUCUUGGUAACGAUGGGGCUGGCAAGAAAGCCCUGAUCGGCAGCCUUAUCUAUAAGUGCGGGCUUGAGCUUCCCCAAUUGCAGCAGCUGGAAAGUGAGGGGAUUAGUCAGUAUGAGAAAAUUGUACCAUUCUUCGAGAAAAACGGACUUGCUCAGUCUUUUUAUGCCCCUUCUGGAGCUUUUACUGUUCAGAAAAGCCAGACGCCAGAUGUUGCUUUCUGGGUUGUCGACGCUUCCGAUUUAUCUAGCUGGGGUUCAUCUGCCGAGAAACUCUCAGCUGCGUUGUCGAGUGGUGUGCUCAACCCACGGGAGAAACUCAUCAUUAUAGUAAAUAAGAUGGACUCAGUCAACUGGUCCGAGCAGACAUUCAAAGACGUCGUGGGCGCAUUCAGUUCGGUCAAUAUGAACAAGUAUGGGAACAUCUCCUCGUCAAAGUAA